UUAAAACCCGCUGUGCGUCGUCGUCGUCUCGUCUGCCCUCUGUCUGCUAUUUUGAAUCUGUAGCGAUGGACCUUCUGCAAUGGCGGAAGAAGAAUCAUCCGUGGAUGAAUGAAUGAUACUUCUGUAGUAAUAAUUACGAGGAACGGUAGAAGAUUGCGGAAAUUUCAAAUCUGACGAAUUAGAAAGGGGAAACUGAAAAGCUGCGGAAUUUCGAAUGGGCGUCCUCUCACACAGAGUGGAGCGAGGCGAUUUGAGCGCCGCCGACCACAUCUACACGUGGAGAACUGCUUUUACUUACUCUCACCACGGCAUCUUUGUUGGUGGGGAUAAAGUGGUGCACUUCACACAUGACCAAAGUUUUAGUUCACCCAGCGAAUUAAGCUCCAUGUUCCUGUCAUCAUGUUCGUCCAACACUGCAGAUUCUCCUUGUUCAGGUAUUCCAGACUGCGGAUUCAGAAAACAUCCUAGCGGAGUAACCAUGUCUUGUCUAAAUUGCUUCCUGGGGAAGGGGCUGCUGCAUCGAUUCGAGUAUGGCGCCAGCCGGCUGGCAUUCAUUGCUAAAUUCCGCGGCGGAACAUGCACAACUGCAGAAUCUGAUCCAUCAGCAGCUGUGAUUCACAGGGCUAUGUAUUUGCUCCACAAUGGAUUCGGCAACUACCAUUUGUUCACCAAUAACUGCGAGGAUUUCGCUCUGUAUUGUAAAACCGGCCUCCUUGUUCGCGGCAAGGAAAGCAGUGGCCAAGCCUUGGGCGCCAUAGGAGCUCCUUUGGCUGCUUUUCUGUCUGUGCCGCUUAAGUUUUUGGCCUCGGGUCCGGUUGGCUUUGUUGCGGCAACGGCUGCUAUGUAUUCUUUAAGCCGGUAUGCUUGCGACAUUGGGGUCAGGGAUGAUGCUGUGAAGGUGAAUGUCGAGGACAUUGCCUUGUUCCAUGGCUACUGUGAUGAUGAUAAUGGCGCUGGCUCUGGUUCUGAUUUGCUCGACAGUAAUGGUGAUUGUGGUGCAGGCUCUGGUUCGGGUUCGGUCGACAGUAAUGGUGAUGCUGAUGCUGAUGCUGAUGGUGAUGGUGGUGAGACUCUUCAGCGGAAGCGACGAAGGAGAUGAGGAAAACCACAGAACAAUUACGUGAGGUGUCAAUUCUGAUCAUCAUCGAAGAUGAACAAUAUGGCUGAAGUUUCUGCUGCUCUACCGAAGAUAAGAAUUUACAGUUGCUGCAGUUGCAAAACUCAUAUCGCAUUUCAUAAUCAUAUCAUUCCCGGAGACUUUGUGGCAAGAAAUUUUUGGGCUCUGUUUUUCUAAUUUUCUUGAUCCAGUAGAGCAUGCAUUAAUUAAUUAGUUACAAGUGUUAUAAAUU